GAGAAACGUGACGAAUUAGAUAGUUUGAUCACUGCGAUAACUACUAAUGGUGCACAUCCAAGCAAAUGUGUCACCAUCCAAAGAACUUUGGAUGGUAGGUUACAAGUAGCAGGACGAAAAGGUUUUCCUCAUGUGAUCUACGCUCGCAUUUGGAGAUGGCCGGAUUUGCACAAAAAUGAACUGAAACAUGUGAAAUACUGUCAGUUUGCUUUUGAUUUGAAAUGCGAUUCCGUAUGCGUGAAUCCCUACCACUAUGAGCGAGUGGUAUCUCCGGGCAUAGACCUAUCCGGCCUGACAUUGCAAUCUGGUGUGGGUGUCGGUCCCGGUGGAAGACUAGUUAAGGACGAAUAUACAGUCGGCGGCGGUGGCACGGCUGCUGCGGCAGCCGCUGCCGCGGUCGGAUCCGCGAUGGACGUGGACGGCGAAAUGAAUCAAACGAUUCAGCAUCAUCCGCCGGCUCAGUCAACCGCCUCGAACAAUGCACAACAAGCUCAGCAAAGCUUUAUUCCAGGUUUACCACCGCCCAACUCAA